UGUUGGUGUUAGCAUUACUCUGUAGACACGCGACUGCCAUGUAUUGUGCAUGUGUGUUGUGCGUGUAUGUGGGCGCAGUACUACUUGAAGGGUUCGCGCCAUAACUCAUGAACCAGUGCGUCGUCACCCUCUACCUGUACUCAACUUGAAGACUUCAAACUUCGUACCUCUGAAUCAUAAUGUCUGUUUCCACACUAUUGUGGGGGAGGACUGAAGCGAAACAAACCUCGCCACUUCUUGUUCUGAAACGUGGUCAAAAACGGGUCGUGGUCAAACGGCAAAGGUCGUAUAAUCUCAUGCUUGACUCCGCAUGCGAACAUUUUCCAAGCAUUCCGAGAGAUGUGGUCACAUUGCAGACCAAUCAACUCGAUGUUUGCGAUGGCCACUUUGUGGACAUCACGGCUGAAACAUGGGGUGAAAUAAUUGACUUAGUUACCUUUGUUGAGGUGACUCGUGCGGAAAUGCCAUUGCUUGUCCGGACAGUCCGACCGUUAGUACGGCUGCUUGGUAUUUCAUCGCCCAACAAUCGACAGCCGCCAAGUCAGGUUAACAACAGUAUAGACAGCUCCGGGAACGAUAACACAGUCACAAUCAAAGUAGUUUUUCCAUCUGGCGAGAUUCGUUCUACCAAAAUCUCGAGGUCGACGCGGGUGGACAAACUUGUCGCUGAUGCUAGUCGCAUGUUGGGAUAUUGUCCCACUGAUUUCAAGGCGAUUUGGGGUGGGACAACGAUGCGUCAGGACUGGAGUAUCACAUCAUACAACAUCAAGGAUGGUGACUCUAUCAAUCUUCAGGCAUUGCCAAGUAUCGGAUCUAGCUAGUUGUCGCCCUGCUUUGUUUGCCAAACAAGUGUCGGUUCUCUCCCUCGUUGUUCGGCCUGAAUACAUCUUAGAGGUUAUAGUUCCUCUGUGUACAUCUUAACGGUCAUUACUUCAAUGUUCACUUAAUUAACAUUGUCA